AUGGGCUUGGCAUGCGCACUCCAUCGUGGUUGGUUGGCAGGUUUCGCAGCAACGUGCAGCGCACGUUGGCAGUUGGCACUCAGCACGAAGAAGUUGCGAGUGUCCGGUUGUUUCGGAUUUUUGGAAUCUGCCUGUGACUCCUCGCCACCAACAACGAUGAGCAACGAACUGACAAUCGACAAGUUUGCCGUUUUGAAGUCAAAACAUGUUUACGUCAGGGACGAGGUCACGGUUCUGAAAACGAUAAAUGCAUUUCGGCAAGGUGGCGUAAAUAAUCUACAGAUAGUCACGGAUUUCGACUUAACCAUUACAAAGCAACACAUAGACGGCAGACAUGUACUCAGUAGCUUUGGUAUGUUCAGAAAAUGCAAGCAAUUACCACAACAAUAUUUGGACAAAGCUAAAGAUUUAUACGACAAAUACAGACCUAUAGAGAUAGACCCAGAAAUGCCUGUGAAUAAAAAAGCAAAUGCUAUGCGUGAUUGGAUGAAUGCUGCACAAAAUUUACUGAAAGGCAUUGAGUUUGAUCCUCAUGAAUUAGAGGAAGUAGCUCAAACAUUUGACAACAUAUUGCGCGAUGGUACAGAAGAAUUUUUUGAAAAGCUGUACAACGUGGAAGUGCCAGUUAUUAUAUUUAGCGCUGGUUUGGGAGACAUAGUGGAAGCUGUGUUGAGAUACCAUAAUGCUCUCUUUGAUAAUGUAAAAAUAUUCUCCAACUUUCUCAAGUAUAAUGGAAAUCAAUUGGAUGGAUUUAAGAACGACAUGCCCAUACAUGUAUAUAACAAGAAUGAGUGUGCAAUGGAAAAAAAUUAUCUGAAGGUGUUUCAAAAAAGACCGAAUAUAUUGCUAAUGGGUGACACAAUUGGUGAUGCUAACAUGGUAGACGGAAUAGAAGACACUAAGGCAGUCCUGAAAAUUGGAUUCCUUUACGAGCAUGUGGAGGCUAGCUUAAAUUCAUAUAUGGAAAACUUUGAUAUUGUUCUUGUCGACGAUCAAACAAUGCAAGUGCCGAUAGAGAUUCUACAAAAUAUCCUGUAAUACUGUUUGUAUUACCAUAAUAUAAAAUAAUGUUAAAU